CUGACAAAGGAGUCGCUGAUGUAAUACGUCUCACAGUCUGAACCAAAACAAACUUUAGUCUCUUAUUUCUGCAUUAGUUUCUCUAUGGCAUCGAAUUGAACAACGUUAUCUGAGUGAAGAUGAAUUACGACUGACGAAUCUAUGCUUUAUUUUUUUCGGUGAAAUGUGUUUCCGAUCUGAUUGUUUGCUGGCGGCAAUUAACCAGUUAAAUAACCCGAUUGAGCAGACAAAGCAAAGCACACACUUAAGCUUUGUGAGUGCAGUUCGAAAUGAACGCAAGAUCUCACGUUUUUGAGCUGGAUGUACUCGGAAGACAAAUCGAAGAAGUGGCGCAAUGUAUUUUUCACACUCUUCUAAUAUAUCGUUCUGUGGGAAAGAUGACCUACACACAAGAGGCCAAGUACUCCUCGGGAACACUUGGCUUUGUGGAUGUUGACUGUGACUUCAUUGACUUAACCUACGUGAGACUAGCUUGUGAUCAUCUUGAUCAUCAUUUAAAGAGGGAGAUAAGUAGUUUCAGAGAUGCUCUUAGAGUGACUGAUGGACCUCAGUCUGGUGAGAUUUGUCUGGAGUUUUACCAAAAGAAGCGUGCUCGCUGGCCUUUCCAAGCAGAGUGCAUUCCUUGGGAGCUGUGGACACUGAAAAUGGACGUCAUAAAUUUGAACAGUGAACAUGAACGCAAUGCUCAUCGGCAGAACUUAGGGGUGGCACUGGCAGAAAAAAUCAUGUUUGUGGCAGAUAAUAUGUCGCAUCAUCAAUAUGUUCCCAAAACACCUAACCAGAAUGAAGUGGACCUAGUGUUUGACACUGGUUUUGAUAUAGUUCAGCCAUAUCUGUUCAGGAUCAGUCAUCAAGAACCUGGAGCUUCUGUAGGUAACACAAUGAGGAAAUUCUUGAAGGACACAUUGAUGUUGUAACAAAAGGUUUUGAUUUAGGACAACUGUAAAAUUUUGUGCAGCACUGCUUUUUUGUUCUAAAAGUGAAGGCGCACAUCACUGUUUGCUUCAAAGACAGUUAUACUCUUCGGUUCCAAUGGUUGCUCACUGUACUGUUCGAGCAAGAGAUGUUUCAUUUAUUAUGUGUUAUUUAAAUGUGUGUGUGUGGAUAAGUUUUCAGUUAUAAAUUAUUUUAAAAUAACCCCCACUUAUUCUGGUUUUUCUUUUCCGGAUAUUAAGUACUAAACUAAAUUUAGUUUUAGAAUUCCUUAUUAAAUGUCAGCUGUUGCUCUCAAAAACUAAAACUACAUUGCUUAUAGACAUCAUCUGCAAAUACAUGCAUGGUAAUUGCUUUAUUGCUGUUUUGUGCUAAGGAUUUAUCAUAAUAAAUUAGUUUUGUGAGAAAUUAUGUGCUGAAGACAAGAUCAGAGUCGACAUUCUAUGAUUGACACUUUCUUGGUCAUCAAUACUUUAUUCUUCUUUCAAACAGAUGUGCUAAGAACUUCAUGACUUGAAUAUGCAUAAUUCAUUAAUCCAAGGAAACUGCACCUGUGUUUAAUGAUUAAUUAAUUAAGAAUGGAACAUCUUAGAUUUGAUGAGAUUCAGACCACCUAAAGUGUUAAAAGAAGUAUUUGUGACAGAACAAGAAAAACACAGUAGGCAAUCAGAAUCAAACCCUACAGGAACCUCACAUAUUAAAAAAAAAAGCUGUGCACAAUUAAGUUUUUCAGAAACAGUUAAAACACUCUAUUUCAAAAUAAACUAUUCCACCUACUUUGCUCUAGUGAGUCUAGUCAUUACAUAAACAAAAUCAAAAUUAAAAGAGGAGUUUUAAAUACCAAAAGUUAUGUGAGCAUAAUAAGAAAUGGGAGUUGUUAGUAAUCUUCCUUCUCUUUUUUUUUAUAUAAUUUUUAAAUGAAUGCAUUAUACUGGGAAGACAACUCCUGAUGUCAUUAAAUUUUAGUCUGAUUACAGCUGUUGUCAAGACAGGUGGUAAGCACAUAAAGAAGAUGUAUAAAAUAUUGGUGAAUAAGGACAAAUGAUAAUAUUUAUAUAUAUUCAAAACAUGGUAGUUUUCUUUAUAGUUUAGGAUUUAAUAGAUGUUCCAUCUUCUCUGCAGCAAUGUAAAAACAGAUUAUUUAUAACAAGAACUAAACUGAUAUACAGAAGAAAACCUCGCUUAUGAAAAAAAUCAUCUUAAUAUAUGCUUUCAGAUGUUCAUUACCCUAUUAUAAUCCUCCCUAGAUCUCUUGUCAUCUUUACCAUUUUCCUUUUCCCACAAGUGGUGACAAGCAUUAUUAGCACCAUAUUGGGAAAGACUUUGCUAUGUGCAAAAUUAUGCACAAAACAUCAACAGCAUAUCAAUAUUCAUUUAUUAAUCAACAUUUCAAAGUGAAAGCAUGAUUUAUUCAGAGCCAUUUUCAGCUUUUGUGUGUAGAAGGUGAAGAAAUAGGAGGAGAGGACAGAAAAUUGGUGCUAAACAAUGGUGAAUCUAACAUAAGACUGUUGGGGAGCAUACAGAAUGUGAAAUGACCAAUGUGUAGUGGAAUGUUUUUAAAAAUGGAAUGCAUGCAGAGGAUGAACAUUUUUAAAUUUAUUCCACAGGACUUUAAAAAAGGGCUUCUUUGGGGAAGUCUGUAUUCCAGGAUCUUCACUGUGACUUGAGGUGUAUAUAAAAGUUUGGAAAACCCCAGAACAAGUGAAACUGGGACUUCACUUGACGAUUUUUUUUUUGUCUGUACAAAGCUCUGUGAUCAGUUGUGUGUCUCUCAGCGAUUGCCCAGCUGAUAAUGCGUAAGUGAUAAAGAGAGAUGUGAAUUAAAUUGGAUACCUGCUAUUUGUACCCUUGUGAGAUUUUCUUGCAACACAUCUAGAUAAGCAUGUUUUGUAUACAUGCAAUUUGCAUAUAAUAAUUUUUUAAGUUGUAUAUGGAGAUAUAUGCUGAUAGAAUUUGUGCUUGUUAAGGUAUGAAUUUUUAUUUGUUGGGGUCAUUCAUGUUGCUUUGUGCAACACUUGACACCAUGCACUUUAUACUUCUUCAAAUGAUUGCUAAAUUCGCAAGUCGCAUCUCUGUAUAAAGGUUUUGGCCCCCACCCAAUGUUUGUAAUGCAUGUAUUUAUGUAAAUAUGUACAGAUGUACUAGAAGCUUCAUAUGUUCAGGGUGUGAUUACGUUAUUGUUUUAAUUAUUUUAUACAGCGCAUCAAUUAGCUUUCCUUGUACAGUAUAUUGGGCCAACAUUAUUAGUACAUCCAUGUUGUAGAAAUAUUAUUCAUGUACAACAUCUAAACAUAGCCAAUAAAAACAGAAUUUCUGAGAAAGAUGAACAAUUCUACAA